CUACAGAUAAGUUUUAAUUACUGUGCUUUGGACUUUGAUGAAUGUAUAUAUAGAGAAACUACCUGUGGCCCCAUAGCAAAAUAUUUAUUUUAGACCACAUAAAGAACUGCAGUCGGCUGAGCUAUAUUCGUUUGUCUCAAUUCGAUUAUAUGAUAUGUCACAUUCUAUAUAUAUAUAUAAUACUAGUAUUUGUAUUUUAUGCACACUUGACUGUCGAAAAAGAAAAACAGAUAUUACAUCAUUAUCAAUAUCAUCUUACAUUUUCCUAUUCGACCUAUUGCCAACUCUCUAAUGUAGCUCAGUAGGCAGUUUAGGUCAAAAUUGACAUCAUGUAGUCUUAGUCUUCGAUCUGUUUCUAUUCCUCAUCGUUAAAAAGAUUGGGUUUUCUAAUCAAAAAAAUUUUAUAUAUUAUUAAAAUUUACACAUCAGAUUACCAAAUUAUAUAUAAAUUUACGUUAGUCGAAAACCCAAUCCAGUAGUAAGACGCGAAACAAUUUAACGGAUAAGCAUUACAAUGGAACAGCAAAUUAAGCAAUUAUACUAUUUCGACGCUAUUUUGGAGAAAUCAACGCUCAAACACAAGCCAGGGGAGCCAUGUCCUUACACUUAUAUGGUUUGUCCAUAUAAACAAUACUUAAAAGUGACAGAUGAUCGUAUCUAUGGCAAAGAAUUCCCCGCCGAGGCUCUAGGCGAAUUCGUGGCCAACCCAUACGAAUUGGCUGAGUCCCUGACUUCCAAGGGCAUCCGCCUGGCUAUCUACGAGAAUGGGCAACUGCUGGGUUGCGGCUCCUUUAGGCCAAUCGAUGAUAUUCUGCGCCCACUGACUGAGCCAACAUUUACGGCCACCGGGGCUUACGUCGUCGAUGCGGAGCAGGAGGGGGUGCGAGUGGCGCGCGUUGAUUUCAAUAUCAAGUUUAGCGCUGCCGAUCCCCAACUGGACUCACGGAUGAUUCCGUUUGGCUGUUUUGAUAUAUGCCGAACGCUGGAUACGUCCAUCAAUCCGCGUGACAUAAUAUUCACGCUGGGCCGCUCCAAACGUACCGCCUCAGUCGCGUGCAUCACGGACAAGCGUCUAAUGUCGUUUGGCGAGGCUCCUUUCAGCUGCGUACGCAAGGAGGUCAACUCGACUGCCGGCUGUGGCUGCGUGCUGCAUGGCACGGAUACGGUGGUGCCCAAGGCACUGGAUCGAAGCAAGGAGUGCGAACGUGAAUUGCUCAAUCGGCUGCUCAUCGAGCUGGAGUACGACAAGAUGUUGGUGCCCACACCGCCGCCGACCCAUGCGCUGUCCAGACAGUUCAACGGCUCGAGGCAGGCCAACUACUCGAGACAAGCUAAGUGCAGACCGGGGCAACAACGUUGCGGAUGAUCGGCUGACUGGCCAGCUGCCCAGCAGCAUCACGUCUACCGGCUGAACUAUCAGCAGGAGGAACCUCACAUACUACGCCUUCGAUUGGCAGUGGCUGAGAGGAAAUGCGGCAGCGGCUCUCAAACUGCUGCCAAUGCCAAGUACCUUCGAUCAGGUACUGGUGGGUCCUCUCUGAAGAGAUUUCGUAGACAUUAACAAAGCCCGCACCGUAAUGCGGACGGAUAGUAGUGAUCGAAUGUUUAAAUCCAAAUUCCUUGUUCACAAAAUGCACCGAAGAUUUUAACUACAGAUUUAUGCAAGGUUUUGCAUUCCAAAUAAAUUUCAAAUAGCUGUCAAAUCA